UCUAAAGUUAUAACAUUGUAACAGUGUGUGUGGGUAUAUGACGUCGAUAUAUGACUGUCUUUAUUAUGAAGCAGGAAGAAGGAGAUAAGAAUGUUGCGCUGGAAUAAGUCUACGGUAGUUCUAUCGUGCACGAGCAUCAGCUGUCUGGUGAGUGUUGGGUUCAGGAGGACACACUGCUGCUAGGAUGCAGGAGCAGAGGACCAUUGUAGAUCAUCAGGCUUUCCUGGAGGAUGGCCUGAGAUCAGACGUGCUGCUCCAACACCAGCUGCAAGCAAUGAAGGAGGCCCACAAGCAGCAGCUGCAGGAGACAGAGAGGAGACAGGGCCUGAAGAGAAGGAUCCAGCAGAACUCUAUGCUGACAGCAGAUGUCGACAGAUAGUCUAGUACUCCAGGACCUCCCAACAGGUCAGACAAUCGUAGAGGUCUAUCACAUCCUCUGCAGCCUGAGCAUCCGUCACAACUGUCACACAGAGAGGAUCACAGCAACUUCAGCAUCAAGGCCAACAGAAACAGAGCAGCACCAACUAAGUAAAGAGGAGAAAGAGGAGGCGGAGUGUCAGAGGAAGUUCCGUGCUGUUCCUGUGCUUGUCCAAGUGUUUUUGCACCUAUAUGAUGCAGGUGCGACAGAGGCAGAGGAAGGAAGGCCAUGAACAGAGGAAGGACUUCAUGCUCUCCAUGCAGAAGCCCUUCAGCUUCCUGGAGAGAGAUGAGAAGAAGAGAGAGAAGCUGAUGGAGAGCAUUUGAAAGAGGAGGAGCUGCGCAGGAUGAUAUGCAUCCAGCCGAGGGCCUAGGAGAACUUGAGGAAGUCCACAGCACCUAUAGAGAACCAAACUCAUACUGAGAACCCUGAACCUCACAGCUCCCAGCACACUAAGAUGGAGGUCCUGGCCUUCCUGGAUCAGACCACCUCCCAGGUCCCUGACUUUGAUAGGCUGCACAAGGCUUUCCACAGGGAAGCCUUGAGGAGGGCCGAGAGGAAAGAUGUGACCAAGUGUCAGCCCUUCCACCUGCGGACAUCAACCCUGCCCUCAAGAACAAACAGGAGCAGCUCUGAAAGAGAACAAGAAUCCAUAGUCAGUGCCUUUUUGAAGAGAAGCAAUUCCUUUGGUGGUUUAACAUCGCUGUCUACAGAUACGCUUCCCACCUACAUUACAGAUGCAGCAAGGAAACACCGUAUGGCCAUUAGAAGGUCUGUGGAGCAGAGGGAGAGCACGGAGCAAGAGAGUGCAGAGUUUAUGAGGAAGCACAGGAUGAGGUCUCAGGCCAUAAAGAAGACAGUGGCUGUCCGUGCCAAGGUUAUGGACCCUCACAGCAGUCUGAAAGAGAUGAGAAGCUGAAACAGCACUGCGAGUCUGAGCAACAAAGGAUGAAAGAGUAUAAGAAGGAGCUACAGGAUAUGAAGACCAGAGUCACUGACCAUCCUUACCUCUUUGAAUAGGUGUCACAGGUAAACUAUGGGCUUGCAAUGACCUGGAAACUACAUUUAUGGAAUUGCAAACACUUGAGAAGAGCCUUUGAACUGUUAACUGCCCCUUUUCUAUUCCAUUGCUUUUGAUGUAAUUGCUCUAGAAAAACGCAGAGCGACUAUGCAGAGUGAAGCUGGUUUGAAUGAGAGUUUGAAACGACACCAAUCUUCAAAUCUGAUGACGAUUGUGAUGACCGAAGUAUUGAGAGUAACAUGGAGAAAAGUGGGGUGAACAAAUCCACAGCGCUGGAGAGAGAGCAUAGCAGGAGAGAGAAAGGGGGAGGGACAGAGACAGCAGUCAGUGUGACAGAUAAGAGCGGCGGAUGACUUGUCUCUCUCUGAAUGCACCGUGAGCAAGAGAGCAAUUUCCAGGUGGGUCGUCAGAGGUUUCCCAAGCCGAGUCUACAACAGUGUAAUGGGUUGCCCAGACCGGAGGCUUUUCCUCUGAUCCUGCAAAGAGGUUGGCGUAUUCCUGCAACGAGAACUAGUCCUCACAUUGAGCGACCCUGGGCAUGGAGAAGCUGACAGAGAAAGAGAAGGAGCUGAUCCGAGUCAGCUGGGAGAGUCUUGGCAGGAACAAAGUUCCACACGGAGUCAUCAUGUUCUCCAGACUGUUUGAACUAGAGCCUGCACUCCUCAACCUCUUUCACUACAACACAAACUGUGGCACCAUACAAGACUGCCUCUCCAGCCCUGAGUUCCUGGACCAUGUCACAAAGGUAAUGUUGGUGAUCGAUGCAGCAGUCAGUCACCUGGACAACCUCCAUACCUUGGAGGAUUUUCUGCUCAACCUGGGGAAAAAGCACCAGGCAGUCGGGGUUAACACCCAGUCCUUCUCUGUGGUGGGGGAGUCCCUUCUCUACAUGUUGCAGUGCAGUCUGGGUCAGGGGUACACAGCCCCGCUGCGUCAGGCUUGGCUCAACAUGUACACCAUUGUAGUGGCGGCCAUGAGCAGAGGAUGGGCCAAGAACGGAGAACACAAGACUGACUGAAACAUCCGCUUGGGGUCUGCUACCAGUUGCUGUCUAAUCACCCUCAUGGUUGCUAUGGAGUAAGGUUGUAUAACUCACAGCAUAAAGGUUUGAUUGCUGUAUAUGGUGAACGAAUGGCGUUAUCACACUUGACACAACAAAUAAUGGUUGAAUCACCUGGUGUUCAGAGUUAACUGUUUUUGCUGUGGAUGUUGUAGCUGCCAGAGUGCUGCUAUAACAUUGUGGGGAUGUUAUGGGUCAACCAGACCCUUGGUCUGCAGUUUGAGUUCCUCAUAUUAGAGGAAGCAUAGGGUUAAAUUAAGGUAAUAACUGAAAUUGCUCUGUAAAUAAUGCCUUGGUGUAUCUACUCAAAUAAUUACAUUGAUUGUGGUGAUUUUUGUGAUGUAUCUUAGUCACACACUUGUCAAACACUGGCUAUAUUGGCUGCAUUACUUGGCUGGAAUGGGCAGCUUCAAUAUGGGCCCUCUCCCAAAUCAACCAGUGAUAUAGAAAUAUUGAUCACAAAAGUACAGUAUGUCCAAGAUUAUUGUUUAGAGUGAUUAUCAUGAUUCUAUAUUUAUAUCUUUGAGUUAGGCUAGGGACCUGAUAAUGGCACAUAAUAAUGCUCUCCUUUCUUUGUGUGUCUCCAUGACCUGGAGUGUAACAAUCCUUAGAGGUGAACUUGAUUCUUAAAUCAAUUGGUAUUAUUAACAAACACAUUACUUUUGAUGAUGCUAAAUAGAAAAUGACAAGAACUGUUCAUGUAUUCUAAAGCUUUUCUAUGUGAUCUCUAUGACUGUUAGGGUGUCCAUGGGCACCUUUGUCUGAAAUGUGUAUGUUGGCACUCUCCUCUCCUCUGCUCUGACAGUAGAGGUUGUAAAGCUCACGUUGCCAUAUGCGUAUUACCAUAAUAUUUCAAUAGGCUUCAACUGACUGUUACUUAUUCUAAAAUAAAUGGUUAUUCUCCUCCCGAGUUCUAGCUAAUUGAUGUAAUGGAACUCAACAGUAGAUUAUUUGCUUGAGGGUCUUUGGGCUUGACUUAGUUUAGGCUCAUUCAGUUUUCACUAAUUGUAAAUGUAAAGUGGUGUUGAACCACAUACUGUAUCUAUAUAUUGUAAAUACUGCUAUCAUAUGUUGUAAACAGGCCAGAAAUAUAGUAGUAAUCUAUUUAGGCUUUUUGGACCCAAUAGGUCAUUGACAAAUAGGGCGGCAGGGUAGCCUAGUGGUUAGAGCGUUGGACUAAUAACUGAAAAGUUGCAAGUUCAAAUCCCGAGCUGACAAGGAACACAUCUGUCACUCUGCCACUGAACAGGCAGUUAACCCACUGUUAGGCCGUCAUUGAAAAGAAGAGUUUGUUCUUAACUUGCCUAGUUAAAUAAAGGUAAAAAAACAAAGCCAGGAUUUAUUCAGACAUUUUUUCUCCCCUAUUUUUUCUCCCCUAUUUAGCUCAUAGUAUCUUUCUGUGGACAACCGUAAAGCAUUUAUUGAUAAACAAAUUUCACUACAUCCAACCUGAAAUAGUAAGCAAUGAUAGUUAGAGAUGAUAGUUAGAGGUGACAGAGAUGAUAGUUAGAGAUGACAGAGAUGAUAGUUAGAGAUGACAGAGAUGAUAGUUAGAGAUGACAGAGAUGAUAGUUAGAGAUGACAGAGAUGAUAGUUAGAGAUGAUAGUUAGAGGUGACAGAGAUGAUAGUUAGAGAUGACAGAGAUGAUAGUUAGAGAUGACAGAGAUGAUAGUUAGAGGUGACAGAGAUGAUAGUUAGAGAUGACAGAGAUAGUUCGAGAUGUGUAUGUCCUUUUUACUGCUAUGAACACAUUUACCUAUAUGCUUCUAUACAGUGUGUAUCAUUCGUUAUCUUCCUGUACAUUGAAAGUCACAAUGCCAAGUUAGCUACAAUACACCAAGUAUUUGAUAAUAACACUACACUACUAUAUCUCCAAUCUGCUGAUAUGUGGUGAAUAUUGCUUCAGUCUGAGAUUACUUUUAUACAAUGUAUUUUUGUAUUUUCCAGUGUUUUACGUAUGUGAAUGACUAUAUGCCAUUGCAAACACAGUUUUUUUACAAACUGUUACGUUAACCACAACAUUUAUGUCAAAUCCAUGUAUUUUUCUUUUUAUUUGCAGCACAAGGCUGUUAAGCAUUUUAAGUAUUGAUGAGUGAGCUUUUAUCCUUAAGUCAUGAUAAGUGUAAGAGAGACAUUUCUCCUCAAUCAGUAUAAUUGCCAUAUUAUCAAUGUGUGAUCCCUACAAGGAUGUCUGUUGGCAUUGGAAACACAACCAUUUCAUUACCAUGUCUAAAGGAGAUCUCACUUUAUCUUUACUUUCAAUCACCUGUGAGCUUUAUUUUCAGGCCAUGGCAGCACUACUAAUUCAGAUUUGUUCCUCUCUCCCACUUUCCAACUAGCAUAACGAGUUUCCCUUACCAGAUUAACCCUUCUCCUGAAUCAAAAAGCAUUAUCAAUAGAGAAUCUACAUUGAACAUGCUUUUUAGUUCAAGAAUAAAUUUAAUCUGAGUCUAGGAAACCAGACCUAUGACUUGAACACAUUUUCUAAUAUGUCUAUACAUGGCACUAGGCAGAUUGCUGUGUGUAUUGUCUCGAUUUCAAAGAUCUGUGAGUAGGCCUGUUUUGUGUGUGUGAAUUGCAUUGGUACAUUUAAAUAACAUGAUAUUCUGUUUAUGAGUGUCUCAAUGUCUACCUCGUCAACUCAGCUGCGAACAGCAAUGAUUUCAACUAUCCUUUAACCAAAAACACAUGACACUUAAUGCAAAUACAUACUCCCUCAAACAAACAGCUCGUAAAAUGGACCCCAUCCUAUACUUAUGUAAUGUGUUGUGUUCUUACUCAAUUAAUAGUAAAUAAAGGUGAUCUUUUGUGGACAUACUACU